AGGUGUAUAACUCUAAGAAAAAUCCAUUGCAGACGGCUACAUCCGCAAUAAAACUGAAAAUGAGCUUUCUUCUUCCAAAGCUUUCUUCUAAAAUGGAAGUUGAUACUGUGAUCAAAUCAACUGAAGAUCUGGUUCUUGUCCUUCGCUUUGGUAGAGAUAAUGACUCUGCUUGUCUUCAGUUAGAUGAUAUUUUGUCCAAGACAUCUGCAGAGUUGGCAAAGAUGGCUGCAAUAUACUGUGUGGAUGUUGACAGUGUUCGAGAGUACACUGAGUAUUUCGAUAUCACACUGAUCCCUGCCACCAUCUUCUUUUUUAAUGGACAGCACAUGAAAGUUGACUGGGGAAGACCGGAUCAUACAAAGUUCAUUGGAAGCUUCAAACGAAAACAGGACUUCAUUGAUGUGGUUGAAGUGAUUUACAGAGGAGCCAUGAAAGGGAAGCUGAUGGUCACAAGUCCCUUAGAUCCACGUGAUGUGCCAAAAUAUGAUCUUAUCUACAAAGACAUUUGAUACAAUCCUUGUUUUGAACAAAUGUGUGCGCGUGUGUUUGAAAGAGAGAGAGAGAACAUAUUAAAAUUGUAAUGACAUAUGA